UGUCAAGAAUAUAAUGGUAAACGCCAUUUCAAAUGCUAAUGAUGCUAGUGCAGAAUGUAAUAAAGAACUUUGUUCAAUUAUGGCGGAUAAAGUAGCACUUGGGGAAUUUGCCAUGAAAAGAAUGUUAAAAAAAAAUAACAGCGAUUAUUAUUAUAAGAAAUAUUUUACGUCCUUUAAAAGAUUUGAAAAUAUUUUGAUAAAUAUUAAAGAUUUCACUAAUAAAGCGUCAAAGCUCGAAGGUUAUAGAAAAUUCCUUGGCACAAUAGAAGUUAAAAAAGAAUACGAAAAAUUAAUAAAAGAUUUUGAUACAUCUAUGAAUGAUCUACAAUUUAAUAUGGUCAUUACUAAUGAGGGUGUUGAUGAAUCUCUAAAAGCUGUUGAAGAA